AUGGCACCAACAGCAAUUGCUGAUCUCGGCGAGACAGUCGCCUACUCUGUCGGCCAGAAACUGGAAAAUCUCUCCGAUGAAAUUGACGAGGUCAACUCCAUCAAGUACGAUUCAGAAUCCAAGUUCGAUGCCAAAAAAGACAAGGCAAACUUCCGCCAGUAUGAGGACGCCUGCGACCGGGUCAAGAACUUUUACAAGGAGCAGCACCAGAAGCAGACAGUCGCUUACAACCUUGCUGCUCGCAACCGCUUCCACAGCGCGUCUCGGGUCCGCCCUGAGAUGACUAUUUGGGAGGCCAUGGAGAAGCUCAACACUCUUAUUGAUGAGUCCGACCCUGACACGUCACUGUCUCAGAUUGAGCACUUGCUUCAGUCUGCAGAGGCGAUUCGUCGCGAUGGCAAGCCACGUUGGAUGCAGGUCACCGGUCUGAUACAUGACCUCGGCAAGCUCAUGCUUUUCUUUGAAGAGCUUGGCACUCAGGGCCAAUGGGAUGUCGUUGGCGACACUUUCCCCGUGGGCUGUGCCUUUGAUAAGCGCAUCAUUUUGCCGGCUACUUUCGCCAGCAACCCUGACACAAAGGACCCUGUGUACUCGACCAAACAUGGCAUUUACUCUCCUGGCUGUGGCCUUGACAAUAUGAUGCUCAGCUGGGGCCACGAUGAGUAUCUGUACCAUGUUGUCCGUGACCAGUCGACUUUGCCGGACGAGGCACUCGCCAUGAUCCGCUAUCACUCAUUCUAUCCCUGGCACCGCGAGGGAGCUUACCAGGAGUUUAUGUGCGAGAAAGACUGGAAGAUGCUCAAGGCCGUCCAAGCUUUCAACCCGUAUGACCUGUACAGCAAGAGUGAUGGCGUCCCCAGUGUGGAGGAGCUUAAGCCAUACUAUAUGGGGCUGAUUGAUGAAUUUUUCCCUCAAAAGGUGAUCAAGUGGUAA